AUGGCCCGAAGCGCGGAGCGUGGCUGCGGGGGCGCGGGCUGGGGUAUGCGCGGUGCCCUGGCCGCCGUGGCCCUACUCUCGGCGCUCAAUGCUGCGGGCACGGUGUUUGCUCUUUGCCAGUGGCGCGGGCUGAGCGCGGCGCUUCGGACGCUGGAGGCGCAGCGGGCCAGGGAGCAAAGCGAGGACAGCGCCCUGCGCGCCUUCCUGGAGGAGUUGAGCCGCUCGCCGCGCUGGGCUUCUGCGCCACCGCCAGACCCCGCGGGCGUCGCUCGCAACAAGCGCAGCCAAAGCGGGGAGCCAGUGCCGCAUCUCCGCGCCGAAAGCCAAGACAUGCUGAUGAUGAUGACCUACUCCAUGGUGCCGAUCCGAGUGAUGGUGGACCUGUGCAACAGCACCAAGGGGAUCUGCCUCACAGGACCACCUGGCCCACCAGGACCUCCAGGAGUUGGUGGGUUACCAGGACAUAACGGAUCGGAUGGACAGCCUGGUCCCCAGGGCCCAAAAGGCGAAAAAGGAGCAAAUGGAAAAAGAGGGAAAAUGGGGUUACCUGGAGCCACAGGAAUGCCAGGGCAGAAGGGGGACCCUGGUGAACUCGGCUUGACCGGAAACGAGGGCCCAGCAGGGCAGAAGGGUGAAAAGGGGGACAAGGGGGACGUGUCCAAUGAUGUGCUCCCCGCAGGUGCCAAAGGUGACCCGGGCCCACCCGGCCCACCCGGGCCCCCGGGCCCUCCCGGUCCCCCAGGGUCCCCUGGAAGAAGAUCCAAAGGCCCUCGGCAGCCAAACAUGUUCAACGGCCAAUGCCCAGGUGAGACGUGUGCUGUCCCCAAUGAUGAUACCUUGGUUGGCAAAGCUGAUGAGAAAGUCAGUGAGCACCAUUCCCCACAAGCGGAAUCCAUGAUCACUUCCAUUGGAAACGCAACACAAGUACUAAAAGUCACCGAGACAUUUGGGACUUGGAUAAGAGAGUCUGCGAACAAGAGCGAUGAGCGGAUCUGGGUGACUGAACACUUUUCAGGCAUCAGGGUGAAGGAGUUCAAAGACCAGCCCUCCCUGCUGAACGGCAGUUUCUCGCUCAUCCAUCUCCCGUAUUACUUCCACGGCUGUGGGCACGCCGUUUACAAUAAUGCUCUCUACUACCACAAAGGAGGCUCCAACACCAUAGUGAGAUUUGAAUUUGGCAAAGAAACAUCCCAAACCCUGAAGCUUGAACAUGCCUUGUAUUUUGAUCGAAAAUACCUCUUUGCCAAUUCCAAGACGUACUUCAAUUUAGCUGUAGAUGAGAAGGGCCUUUGGAUUAUCUAUGCCUCCAGUGUGGACGGCUCAAGCAUUCUCGUAGCCCAGCUGGACGAGAGGACAUUCUCUGUGGUGCAGCACAUCAACACCACGUACCCUAAAUCCAAGGCCGGCAACGCCUUCAUUGCCCGAGGGAUCCUCUACGUCACAGACACCAAAGAUAUGAGGAUAACAUUUGCCUUUGAUUUGUUAGGAGGGAAACAGAUCAACGCAAGCUUUGAUUUAAGAACUACUCAGUCUGUUCUUGCCAUGCUAUCGUACAAUAGGAGAGACCAGCAUUUAUAUUCGUGGGAAGAUGGUCAUUUAAUGCUCUACUCUGUGCGGUUUUUAUCAGCCACGUUAAACCAGUGA